UGCAAUGGCGUCUGCCUGUACCCGCUGUUGACGUCCUCGGUGUCGUAUUUUCAGAGGAAUUUCCUUCACUUUCUUAAACAUAGCUGUUCUUUGGCCACAGUAAUGUGAUCGGAUUCACCGGACGGAGUUCACUGAGCACUGGAGGGAACAGCUUUAAACGCCUCGCGGUCAACAGUGUGGCUUUAACCGGGCUGGUGUUUCUAACAGGAGUGUGAAACAGUACUAACCUCCUUGGCGUGGUAUCCAAAUAGAAACUGCCAUCAGACCAAUGGGUUCUUCACACCUCAGUUCUAAAUAGGAUAAGGACCUUUAUAUUUUGACCUACUACAGCAAAGGACCGUAUACCCUCUAGAAAGAUGGAGGAUGACUCCUCGCUGCAUCGUCUUGAGGGCAGUGACCCAGGUGCCCAGGUUGGAGGGCUGAUAGUAAAGAAGAAAAGUGCUGCAGUGGAGCAGCACGUAUUCCGAGCCCCGGCACCCCGAACAUCUCUCCUUGGUCUGGAUCUGCUUGCUGCUCAGAAACGCAAGGAGCGGGAGGGGAAGGAGCAGCUGAACUUGGACCUUGAUGACCGGAGGUCAAAGAAGUCCAAGGUGUCGUCCUAUAAAGACUGGGAGGAGGGGAAAAGUGACUCCGGGUCCGAUGAUGAUGAUGAGGGGGGUAAAAGCAAGAACGGGAGAAAGGAGAGCCGCAAGUACCGAAUGGCUGGCUCAGAAACACCCUCCAACCCUGGAGGGGUUAGUGAAGCUUUCCGGCGAAAACAUCAGCAAAGGGAAAAAGACCGUUGGGAGCAUGGAGUAUACGCAUCAUCCAAAGAGGACAAAAGCAGGGACAGAAACAGAGAAAGAAGCAAAAACACAGAGCGGGACCGGGACAGAGAAAGAGACAAAGAACGAAAAGGUGAUCGGGAUGAUCGAGAGCGCAUCCACAGCCGGGGUUCCAGCAGCAGUCGUUCAGAGCACGGGGACGGCAGUGUACGGAGCGAGCGCUCUCAGAGGGAUGGCUGGUCAGAGCGCAUCAGCCGCGGGAGCCGCAGGGAUGAGCCUGAAAGUCCUCGCCAUAGGCCCAGAGAUGCUCCAACACCGUCCCGCUCCAGCUGGGAUGAAGAUGACAGUGGCUAUGCCAGCUCACGACGCUCCCACUGGGAGAGCCCCUCUCCUGCCCCUUCACACAGGGAGUCUGAUCGCUCAGAGCGCAGCUAUCGCUCCUCGCGUGAAAGCGAGAGGAGAGACAAGUCAGUGAGGGCUCGUUAUCCAGAGGACACUCCUCUGCCCACACCCUCUUACAAAUACAACGAGUGGGCUAAUGACAGGAAACAUCUAGGCUCCACCCCUCGUCUCUCCAGAGGGAAAGGUAGAAGGGAAGAUGGAGAGGAUGGCAUUACUUUUGACAAUGAAGAGGAGAAAGAGCAGUGGGAGGAAGACCAGAGGCAAGCCGACAGAGAUUGGUACAUGAUGGAUGAGGGCUAUGAUGAGUUCCACAACCCCUUGACUUCAAGCUCAGAUGAGUAUGUGAAGAAGAGAGAGCAGAUCUUACAGAAGCAGACCCAGAAACGAAUAUCUGCUCAGAAAAGGCAGCUCAAUGAGGACAAUGAACGUUGGGAGACCAACCGAAUGCUAACCAGCGGUGUGGUGCAGCGGUUGGAAGUGGAUGAGGACUUUGAAGAAGACAGUGCGGCCAGAGUCCACUUACUUGUCCAUAACCUAGUUCCUCCUUUCCUAGAUGGCAGAAUUGUCUUCACCAAGCAGCCUGAGCCAGUCAUUCCCGUGAAAGAUCCCACCUCAGACAUGGCUAUCAUCUCUCGCAAGGGCAGCCAGCUGGUCCGCAAACACAGAGAGCAGAAGGAGCGCAAGAAGGCUCAGCACAAACACUGGGAGCUUGCUGGUACCAAACUUGGAGACAUUAUGGGAAUUAAGAAAGAGGAAGAUGGUUCUGAAGGCAAACAUGUUGGAGAGGAUGGUGCUGUGGACUACAGGGCAGAGCAAAAGUUUGCUGACCACAUGAAAGAGAAGAGUGAGGCCAGCAGUGAGUUUGCUAAGAAGAAGACUCUGCUGGAACAGAGACAGUUUCUCCCCAUCUUCGCUGUCCGGCAACAACUACUUAACAUCAUCAGAGACAACAGCAUUGUAAUAGUAGUGGGUGAGACAGGUAGUGGGAAGACAACCCAGCUCACACAGUACCUGCACGAGGACGGCUACACCAGUUACGGCAUGGUGGGUUGCACACAGCCUCGCAGAGUGGCAGCUAUGAGUGUGGCCAAGAGGGUCAGCGAGGAGAUGGGCAGCAACCUGGGAGAGGAGGUUGGUUAUGCUAUCCGUUUUGAAGACUGUACCUCAGAGAAGACGAUGAUUAAGUACAUGACUGAUGGAAUCUUGUUGCGGGAGUCUCUGCGUGAGUCCGAUUUGGAUCACUACAGUGCCGUCAUCAUGGACGAGGCUCACGAGCGUUCCCUCAACACGGAUGUGCUCUUUGGCCUGCUCCGAGAGGUGGUGUCCAGGCGCUCCGACUUGAAGCUCAUUGUCACAUCUGCCACCAUGGACUCAGACAAAUUUGCGGCGUUCUUCGGAAAUGUUCCCAUCUUUCACAUUCCUGGAAGGACGUUCCCUGUGGACAUCUUGUUCAGUAAGACUCCUCAGGAGGACUAUGUGGAGGCUGCAGUGAAGCAGGCUUUGCAGAUCCACCUCAGCGGAAUGGUGGGAGACAUCCUCAUCUUCAUGCCUGGUCAGGAGGACAUCGAGGUAACGUCAGAUCAGAUCAUAGAGCGUUUGGAAGAUCUGGAGAAUGCUCCUCCACUUGCAGUUCUGCCCAUCUAUUCCCAGCUUCCCUCAGACCUGCAGGCCAAGAUUUUCCAGAAGGCCCCGGACGGGGUGAGGAAAUGCAUUGUCGCUACCAACAUUGCUGAGACCUCUCUGACUGUCGAUGGGAUCAUGUUUGUUGUUGAUUCUGGGUAUUGCAAACUUAAGGUGUUCAACCCACGAAUAGGUAUGGAUGCUCUGCAGGUUUACCCCAUCAGCCAGGCCAAUGCCAACCAGCGUGCUGGCAGAGCUGGGAGGACAGGACCAGGCCAGUGCUACAGGUUAUACACUCAGAGUGCCUUCAAGAAUGAAAUGCUGACCACCACCAUUCCAGAGAUUCAGCGCACAAACCUGGCUAACGUGGUGCUGUUGCUGAAGUCGCUUGGGGUGCAGGACUUGCUGCUCUUUCACUUCAUGGACCCACCGCCCGAAGACAACAUGCUCAAUUCCAUGUACCAGCUAUGGAUCCUGGGAGCUCUGGACAACACAGGCGCUUUGACACCCACUGGGCGGCUUAUGGUGGAAUUUCCUCUGGACCCAGCACUGUCCAAGAUGUUGAUUGUGUCUUGUGAUAUGGGCUGCAGUGCCGACAUCCUCAUCAUAGUCUCUAUGCUGUCUGUGCCCACCAUUUUCUACAGGCCAAAGGGCAGAGAAGAGGAGAGUGACCAGGUGAGGGAGAAGUUUGCUGUCCCUGAGAGCGAUCACCUGACCUACCUCAAUGUAUUCCUGCAGUGGAAAAACAACAACUAUUCCAGCAUCUGGUGUAAUGAGCACUUCAUCCACACCAAGGCCAUGCGCAAAGUGAGGGAAGUGCGAGCACAGCUCAAAGACAUCAUGGUGCAGCAGAAAAUGAACCUGACUUCUUGUGGCUCUGACUGGGAUGUGAUCAGGAAGUGCAUAUGUGCAGCCUAUUUCCACCAGGCUGCAAAGCUGAAGGGUAUCGGAGAGUAUGUGAACGUACGAACAGGGAUGCCUUGUCACCUUCAUCCCACCAGCUCUCUCUUUGGCAUGGGCUACACCCCUGACUAUAUCACCUACCAUGAGCUGGUCAUGACCACCAAGGAGUACAUGCAGUGUGUGACAGCAGUAGAUGGUGAAUGGUUGGCGGAGUUGGGCCCGAUGUUCUACAGCAUCAAACACGCAGGCAAAAGCAGACAGGAGAACCGGCGGAGAGCCAAGGAGGAAAUCUCCAACAUGGAGGAGGAGAUGUCGCUGGCCGAACAGCAGCUGCGUGCACGGAAAGAGGAGCAGGAGAGGAAAAACAACGUUGGCAGUGCGAGGUCAAUAAAGAUCUGCACUCCGGGCAGAAAGGAAGAUGUGCCCAUGACUCCAAAGCGGACUCCUGCACGUUUUGGCCUUUAGGUCAGCAUGUGUGUCAACACAGUCAAGCAUGUCAUCUACUGAUUUCAGAGAUGGAAGAAAAGAAAUCCUUUUCCCUGAACACUGAACAUGCAUUUCCCUGCUCAGGCCAGCAGUAGGAGCACUUGUAUAAGGGAUAUAAGAGAAAAGGACUCUUGGAUAGUAAUGUUUUAAUGCAGUUCUCUUUUUCUCGCUUUCCUUUUUGUUUUGUCUUUUCUUUUUAAACCAUACACGAAGAUUUCGUUUCAUAAAGAUGUUGUUUCUUGUCAGAGUCUUCAGGUUCAAUGUAAUUCUGUUCGAAUCUUGUUUGAAAUGUUUUUUUUUUUUUUUUUUAAACAAAAAAAGCAACAACAAAAAAAAAUGUCAUUUCUGGAAGUGAUGUUUAUUAGACACUGUGCUGAGUAUGUCCAGUUAAGUAAAGUGUGGGGUCCCCUGGGGUUUAUAAGUGUUCAUACUUAAUCACUCAGCAAUCUGGUCUGUGCACUAGAAAUGAUCAGCACCAGCAGUUCUGGAUUUCACAGGACUGCAAAUCUUUGAAAGGGUCCAUAGUGAAGAGUCUAGUUGCCAAAUGCUUUCUUGUCUUUAGAAGCUGUAAAUAUUAAAAGCGUCAAACUAUCUGUUUUUAAAGUCUUCCUGUGUUCACUCCCCUCUAAUGUUGCAUUCUUUGUAUUAUAGGUCCACCACUUGAGGGAAUAAUACAUUGAGGGCUUUCAUGAUGGAGCUAUUUUGUUGAUGUUCAUGCAAAGCAGUAAUUUUAAAAUAUAAAAAAUAUGAUUUUAUGUCAGAGCAAGAACGGCGCAAAAUUUGUCCAACUCAAAUUUUGCACUUUCUCUAUUGCAUAAUGUUGCCUCAUUUUCCUCACUGUACAAUAACGUCCAUAUUUAAAGACAACGACCGGGUUAACUGUAAAGGCUACAGUUGGCGUAUGUCAAUAAAGGCAUGUUUCUGCUCAUACUGUCUCUUAUUGGGCAAUUUUAAACCUCUUUUUAACGUUCAGUAUCAUGUUUUUUUUUUUUGUUGUUGUUUAUGAUUUUUUGCAGAAAUGUGUUUGUUGCCUAGAAGCAGCAAUGUGGGAUGGAUUUGAUGAGUCACAAGCCAUUUCAGGGCUCAUGGCUGUAUAUCAGUUUUCCCGUUGUUGCAUAAUGUUGCCUCGAGACAACACCCCAAAAUUACUCCUGCUCACAUAAUUUAAAAAAUGUUUUGGUAUUUCAUAAUCACGUUCAUUUUAUGCAAGCAAAGUGAAUCGAUUGAUUUAUUUGUUUAUUUUUGCGCAGUAGAGGGUUAGCAAAACAAACUUUUAUAAAUGUAGUAGGUGCUUUAACUCACUAUAUCGGUGAACUGUAUGGAACCACGUGGUAACACUGUAAUGCACUGAAAAUAAAGGGAGAACAAUG